AGAUUGAGAUUGAGAUUGCGUCGCAACAGCUGCAGCGGCUAGCAAUAGCUAGCAACGGCAACAGCAACGCAGCUAGCUCAGCUUCCUCUUUACUCAUGAUUUGACAUGGGAACAAAGCCAUCCCACCAGCCAGCCACACACACUCAUCAUCAUUCACCUUCCUCUCCCUCUUCCUCCUUUCUUCCUCGUCUCCUCCGUCCGUCCGUCCGACCCCCAGUAUCUCCUUUUCAGGAGGGAUCGUCGCAUCUCCUUCCUAGGGUUUCUUUACCUCGUCAUCUCUUUUCUUCUUGAUUUUGCCAAUUCCGAGUAGGAUACAUGGAUGGGUUCCCUAAUCUUGGAGGAGGAGGGAGCAGCAGUAGUAGUGCUUCCAUGGCCUCCUUCUUGCAGCUCCCUUUGCCCGUCGCGUCGUCGUCGUCGCCGGAGCUGGCCGGCGAGCACCACAGUUCGCGGCUAGCGUUGCAGCAGCUGCUAGCCACCCCGCCGCCGUCAACCCCGCAGCGCGGCCACCACCACAGGGAGAUCUCGCCGGCCGAAGCCGCCACCGUCAAGGCCAAGAUCAUGGCGCACCCUCUGUACCCGCCGCUCCUCGCCUCUUACCUCGACUGCCAGAAGGUCAGCGCCCCGCCGGAGGUGCUGGACAGGCUCUCGGCGAUGGCGGCAAAGCUGGACGCGGUGCAAGCCCGGCGGCAGCACGAGCCGCCGCGUGCCGACCCGGAGCUCGAUCAGUUCAUGGAGGCUUACUGCAACAUGCUGGUGAAGUACCGGGAGGAGCUGGCGCGGCCGAUCCAGGAGGCCACCGAGUUCUUCAAGAGCGUCGAGACGCAGCUCGAUUCCAUCACAGACAAUAAUUGCGAAGGUGCUGGGUCGUCCGAGGAUGACCUGGACACGAGCUGCCCGGAGGAGAUCGACCCCAGCGCGGAGGACAAGGAGCUGAAGCACCAGCUGCUGAGGAAGUACGGCGGCUACGUGGGCAGCCUCCGCCAGGAGUUCUGCAAGCGGAGGAAGAAAGGGAAGCUCCCCAAGGAGGCCCGGCAGAAGCUGCUGCACUGGUGGGAUCUGCACUCCAAGUGGCCUUACCCGUCUGUACGAGACGGAGAAGAUCGCGCUUGCGGAGUCGACGGGGCUGGACCAGAAGCAGAUCAACAACUGGUUCAUCAACCAGAGGAAGCGGCACUGGAAGCCGGCGCCGGAGGACAUGCCGUACUCGAUGAUGGACGGGACCGUGGGCUUCCACGCGGGCGCCAGCGCCGGUGCCAGCGCCGCCGCGGCGCUGUACAUGGAGAGGGCGCCGUUCAUGGUGGACGGCAUGUACCGGCUCGGGUCGUGAAGCCACGGGUCAACCGGUCAAGGUGCAACGGGGACUACUGCCGGUGUCAAUGUGUCAUGGAUGUGGUACGUAAGCUCCACGCAUGACAACAGCAUUCGGUAGGCAAGGCCGGUGGCUGCCAUUAUGGUUCUUCAGUAAAUACACAUAUAUAGCCCAUCAGCUCGAUCGUAUCCAAGGUAGUAAAACGGAGAUCGUUGCAGAACUGUUGAAACAACAUUAUUUUGCUAAUUGGGUUGGGAUGGCAGGUCA